AUGGGGGUAUAUCAGCUGAAACAGGCAAAAUCCUACAUCAAAGAGCACUUAGCUGAAGAUGGUCAGUAUGAACUUAUGCUAUGCAGGGAGAAACCUGACUUGAUCAAAGUUCAGGUUCGUUCACAACAUGUUGCUUCGAAGGUGUACAAUCUUUGGAUUGAAUAUUCUAAUGGACUGACCCCAAUAUCAGGCUGGUAUUGUCAAUAUCCACUAGCAGCACGGUCCAUUUGGAUGUCUCCAUCUGGUACGAUAACAGUUAUCAGUGGAACGUCACAAAGCCUUGAAUGUCAGGUGAAAGGAGGUAACCCACUUGUUACACUGACCUGGCGGUGUAAAGGGUCGGAAGUGGUCGGAGUGAAUCUGAGCAAGGACAGUUUGUCAGCGUCUAGGCUAAUCGUUCCAGUGGAUCAAACCUACAAUGGAAAAGAAUGUGUAUGUACCGCUACAAAUUCUACAACAACGAUCGGGGAAAAGACUGUAGUGUUUGAUGUGAUAUAUGCUCCUACAGACAAAUUGAUGAUGUCACCAUCUGGUAACAAGGACAUUGGUGCCGGUGACUCAGUGACACUAGAUUGCCAUGUAAGGGGAGGCAAUCCCAUCGCCACACUGACCUGGCGGUGUAAAGGAGCAUUACGUACCGGGAAGAAUCUGACAUCUACUGACACUGCUCGAUCUACCUUGACAGUUACAGUGGAUAAAACCUACAACGGACAUAUGUGUGCAUGUAUUGCCACACAACAGACCAAUCCUGGCAGAGAGAUUGGUAGAAAAACUGUUGAGUUUAAUGUAAUUUAUGCUCCUACAGACAAAUUGAUGAUGUCACCAUCUGGUAACAAGGACAUUGGUGCCGGUGACUCAGUGACACUAGAUUGCCAUGUAAGGGGAGGCAAUCCCAUCGCCACACUGACCUGGCGGUGUAAAGGAGCAUUACGUACCGGGAAGAAUAUGACAUCUACUGACACUGCUCGAUCUACCUUGACAGUUAGAGUGGAUAAAACCUACAACGGACAUAUGUGUGCAUGUAUUGCCACACAACAGACCAAUCCUGGCAGAGAAAUUGGUAGAAAAACUGUUGAGUUUAAUGUAAUUUAUGCACCACUAGCAACAAACAUCUAUUUGCUUCCAUCUGGUACGGAAACAGUUACCAAUGGAACGACACAACGCCUUGAAUGUCAGUUGAAGGGAGGUAACCCUCUGGCCACACUGACCUGGCGGUGUAAAGAGUCACCAAGGAUCGGUGUGAAUUUGACCACCAGCAAUUUAUCAGCGUCAAGACUGACAUUUACAGUGGAUGAAACCUACCAUGGACAGCAGUGCGUUUGUACCGCUACAUAUUCUAAAACAACAAUUGGGACAAAGACUGUCGUAUUUAACGUGCUAUAUGCUCCUGUCAUCAACCUAAAUACCUCUAAAGUCAUCCUCAGUGAAGAUUCGCCGUCUGCUCCUACCCAGGUGUUUGCUGACUGUAAGGGAUUCGGAUCUGCGGAGGUGUCAUGGCUGGCGGGUGACAAUGGCGGUCAUACCCAAUCAUUUCAGGUUCUCUAUCAAACAGACGGAAAUGUUUAUAAGUAUCCAGACAUUGUUACUGAAAACGACAGCGAUGACUACGUUCUGACAGUGGAAAAUCUAGCGGAGCAGUCGUUAUAUAUCUUUACUAUUUUGGCUUUCAACAAUGUUGGAAACGUGACGUCAACAGACCUAGGGAAAUGCACCGUCCAUGGAGAGGUAUCUCCCAACAAACAGACUGCUAUAUUUUCCGCAAGUGUAGCUAUGCUGUGCAUUGGUAUUUUAGCAUUAUUGCUUACGAUCGGAGUAAUUGCCAUUUUUGUCAAAAGGAAGGACGCAAUAUUGUAA